AUGCCCCCUCGCAAAUCCACAGCCUCAGCAACUCCCGCCGAAGGAGACGACUCGCUCCUACAGAAUUCAUCUCCCGCGCCGCAGCCCGACAAGCCUGUCUAUGCGACAGAGCAACAGUUGAAGGCUCGAGCCGAGGCGGGCGCCAGCAUCGAGGACUACCUCCUCCCUCGAUCAUUGACGCUUCGUCUCGCCAAGUCGGUCCUCCCUCCUAACACAACUGUCCAGAAGGAUGCGGUGCUAGCCAUGCAAAAGGCUGCUACUGUCUUUGUCUCAUACCUCUCUUCACAAGCCAAUGACGGAACAUUGAAGCGCACGAUCGCGCCGGCAGACGUAUUCAACGCACUUUCAGAGUUGGAGCUGGACUCAUUCCGCGGCCGACUCGAGCAGGAACUAGAAGCUUAUACUGAGAUCAAGGCUGGGAAGCGCAAGCCCAAGAAGACCGAUGAGAAUGGAUCCACGCAGGACGCGACAGGAACGACCGAAGACGGAGAUGUUGAGAUGGUCGAUAACCCCGCCAAGAAGGUGAAGCGAGAUGGAGAGGAUCAGCCUAGCGUUGAGGCUGGAGAAGAUGAUGGGGAGGAGACGCAGGAAGAUGAAGUUGAAGAUGAAGAGGAGGAGGAAGAGGAAGAUGGCGAGGAAGAGGAUGUUGAUCAUGGUCAUCGUGAAGAUGAUCUUGAAGUUGUGGAGGAUUUGGAUCGGGAGCCUGGUGCUCGGAAGGGGCCUUUUGAUCCUGAUGCUGAAGACACGGAUGAGGAUGAUGGGCCUGGUAGUCAGCUGAGGGAGAACCUUGGGUUGGGCUCUAGUUGA